UGAUGUAGGAGUCUGUCUGAAUUGCCUUUAGGUUUUUAUAGACAAACCAAGACCAGUGAAGACAGGUUAUAGUUAGAGAUAACCCUUAUGGAUACUGGAAGUUGCCUUUGUUUAUUAUAGACCAGUGGGUACAAAGCUCCCUGAGGUGACAUACAGUUAAUCUGUUUUAUCUGAGCCACUAUCCUGACAAAGGUAGUGAAAAGAUUUAUGCAGGCGAUGCUAAUGACAGCCAUUGCUUUGGAGUUCAUGUGUAAUCCCAGACACAUAAACAAUCUGGCAAUAUCUAAAGACUGAAAUUAAUUAAGAUAAAUUGUGAAAACCAACCAGUGUUCUUUCUGUUCUCAUUGUACUGACACACAAAGCCCUUGUCUUCUUCAAUUCUGCCUUUUAUUUUUACCCAAAAAGACUGCUUAUAGAAAUGAAGUUACAGGCAGCAUGGCUUUUACGUCAAAUAUGAAGGAAGGAGAACUCUAAAGAUCUGGGGAGAUUUUCUUUUUUUUUCUUUUUCUGAUGAGUGUUUUCCAUCCACACCCCUUACUUCCACAGAGACUCACGCUUUAUAUCUCACUUUGCUGACAUGAAUAUUAUGCCCAGUAGAACUUCCCUCCCAUGUCAGGAUGUCAGAAUAAAUGAAUAAAUGAACACUUAAAAAUGGAAUAAUGGUGGGUAGGCUCUACUGUACCACAGAAUACUGAUGCCAGUCCAGUCCCAUUACUUUACUGCAAAGUGUAAUGAUGUUGAGACGUAUCCCACUCUGAUUCCUGUAGUAGUAUUCUGUCUAGGAAACUGGCCUUAGCUGGUGGCCGGAUCUCACCUUACUGUAUCCCAGUGUUUUCCUCACCUUAAGCACUCUUUUCAGGUAGACGAUCCAUGUGGAAUUACCUUAUUAGAGGAAGGCAAUGUGACCCACUGACUAGCUGAUGAAUUUUAGGGCUCUGAAGAUGAGAGGCUCUCACACCAGCUCAGCUCUGUUACUCAGUGGAGUGGAAGUAGCUAGGUAGCAUUUCUUACUUGCAAGGCCUGGCCAGACCUUUUGUAGGGCCAGUGGCCAGCAACACUGCUGCCACAGAUUUGCAGUGGCUGCUGAGACAGUUGGCAUGGCUCCCUGAGUGUGUGCCAUGUGGUACUGUGAUCUCCCUGUCACUAGGGCAGAUACUGUGUUGGAGAGGUGUUCAAUCCUGUUGUUUGCCUUUGACCAGCACCGUGUAUUCCAGAGCUUGUCCUAGAGGACCUCAUGUAAGUGUAUGUCUGUAGUGUGGAGCCAGGACUGGUAGUCAGAGACCUUAGUGGUGUCCUAGGGAACAGUCUGAAUGGAUAUAUUUCCUUUCGUGUACUAGGUACCAAGAUAGUCCUGGUCUCAAACAUGUGACCCUUUCCUCAUGGAGUUUACAGUCUUCCAAUCAAAUGAUCCCUAAACUUGGGGCCAGGGACCCAUAUAUUUUGAAAAAUGAUUUGAAUUACAUAUUCAUUUGUUAUAUAUGCAUGUGUACGUAUGUAUGCGUGUAUGUAUGUACACACACCACUGAUCAUGUGGAGGUCAGAGGAUAAUUGGAAGGAGUUGGCUCUCUUGUACCAACUGUGUAGGUCUUUAGGGACCAAAGUGCCUGUACCCUCUAAGCGCCUGUACCCUCUGAGCACCUGUACCCCCGAGCACCUGUACCCCCAAGCCAUCUCAGUUCUGAGGGCUCAUGGCUGAGAACCAAACUAGAAUAUACUCAUAUACAUACUUUCUUGACAUGGAUAAUGAACAGCACAGACAGAAGUAGGGUAGAGGGAAGAAAGUAGAGAAGCUGCUGCUGAAAUGUUUUCUUCUUGUCUUGUAGGGUUAGACUUAGUCUGUGCUGUGGAAGGCAGAAGCAGGCGUUGUACAUUUACCAGCCCCUGUGGCAGCUGCUGGGGCCAAGGAUGUGACCAUGGAAGACACAAGGCUGGCAGCACUGGAAACUGAUGUACCGUCUGUCCCCAGAACAGUCUGGUAGUGGCCCUAAUGAAGAGCUGUGGAAGCCUUUAGCACAUGUCCUGGAGCCCACACAGCAUAAUUGAGUGAGAGAAUGGCCCAGCUAGCCAACAUUGGGGAGCUACUCUCCAUGCUGGACUCUUCCACACUGGGUGUGCGUGAUGACGUGACAACCAUCUUCAAGGAGUCCCUCAAUUCUGAACGUGGGCCUAUGCUUGUAAACACGUUGGUGGAUUAUUACCUGGAAACCAAUUCUCAGCCGGUCUUGCACAUCCUGACCACCCUGCAAGAGCCACAUGAUAAGCACCUCUUGGACAAAAUGAAUGAGUAUGUAGGCAAAGCUGCCACCCGCUUAUCCAUCCUCUCGCUGCUGGGGCAUGUUGUGAGGCUGCAGCCAUCUUGGAAGCAUAAGCUCUCUCAAGCACCUCUUCUGCCUUCUUUACUGAAAUGUCUCAAGAUGGACACUGAUGUUGUGGUUCUCACAACUGGUGUCUUGGUGUUGAUCACCAUGCUACCGAUGAUCCCGCAGUCAGGGAAGCAGCACCUUCUCGACUUCUUUGACAUCUUUGGCCGUCUUUCAUCAUGGUGCCUGAAGAAACCAGGUCGUGUGAAGCAGAGUGGAGUUUGCCCGAGGAUCCCCUGGUGUGUUUUGAACAGGGGCAUGUGGUGUAUCCAAAUGUACAUCUGUCUUACCUUUCUGGAACCCGGCCAUGUGACAGAAGUCUACCUGGUCCACCUCCAUGCCAGUGUUUAUGCCCUCUUCCAUCGCCUUUAUGGAAUGUACCCUUGUAACUUCGUCUCCUUCCUGCGCUCUCACUACAGCAUGAAGGAAAACGUGGAGACUUUUGAAGAAGUGGUCAAGCCAAUGAUGGAGCAUGUGCGAAUUCACCCGGAAUUAGUGACUGGAUCCAAGGACCAUGAACUGGACCCUCGAAGGUGGAAGACAUUAGAAACUCAUGAUGUUGUAAUAGAGUGUGCCAAAAUCUCUCUGGACCCUACCGAAGCCUCAUAUGAAGAUGGCGAUGCUGUGUCUCACCAGCUCUCUGCCUGCUUCCCUCACCGUUCAGCUGAUGUCACCACCAGCUCUUACGUGGACACACAGAAUAGCUAUGGGGGCGCUACUUCCACCCCUUCCUCCACCUCUCGGCUGAUGUUGUUCAGUACCCCCGGGCAGCUACCUCAGAGUUUGAGUUCACUAUCAACACGGCCGUUACCUGAGCCGCUGCAAGCUAGUCUUUGGAGCCCAUCUGCAGUCUGUGGUAUGACCACUCCUCCUACGUCUCCUGGAAAUGUCCCGGCUGAUUUGUCACAUCCAUACAGUAAAGCCUUUGGUACUACCACUGGUGGAAAAGGAACUCCUUCAGGAACCCCAGCGACCUCUCCUCCCCCAGCCCCGCCUUGUCCCCAAGACGACUGUGCGCACGGUCCAGCCUCCCAGGCCUCAGCCACACCCCCCAGGAAGGAAGAAAGAGCAGAUUCUUCAAGGCCUUACCUACCCAGACAGCAGGAUGUUCCGAGUGACCGCGGAUUAGAGGAUCUACCUGGAAGCAAAGGUUCCGUCACUCUGAGGAAUCUACCAGAUUUCCUAGGUGACCUGGCUUCAGAGGAAGACAGUAUAGAGAAAGAUAAGGAAGAAGCUGCGAUAUCUAAAGAGCUUUCUGAGAUCACCACUGCAGAGGCGGAUCCUGUAGCUCCUCGAGGGGGCUUUGACUCUCCCUUCUACCGAGACAGUCUCUCUGGUUCUCAGCGGAAGACUCACUCAGCAGCCUCUGGGACUCAGGGCUUCAGCGUGAACCCUGAGCCUUUGCACUCCUCCCUGGACAAACAUGGGCCUGACACACCAAAGCAAGCCUUUACUCCCAUAGACCCACCCUCUGGCAGUGCUGAUGCCAGUCCCGCUGGGGACAGGGAUCGCCAGACUUCUCUGGAGACCAGUAUCCUCACUCCCAGCCCUUGCAAAAUUCCACCUCAGAGGGGAGUGAGCUUUGGAAGUGGGCAGCUUCCCCCAUAUGAUCAUCUCUUUGAGGUGGCCUUGCCAAAGACUGCCUGUCACUUUGUCAGCAAAAAGACUGAAGAGCUGUUGAAGAAAGCGAAAGGAAACCCUGAGGAAGACUGUGUGCCCUCUACCUCCCCAAUGGAAGUACUGGACAGACUGCUAGAGCAGGGAGCAGGGGCACACAGCAAGGAACUGAGCAGGUUGUCCUUGCCCAGCAAGUCUGUUGACUGGACCCACUUUGGAGGCUCUCCCCCCUCAGAUGAGAUCCGGACCCUCCGAGACCAGUUGCUCUUACUGCACAAUCAGCUGCUGUACGAACGCUUUAAGCGGCAGCAGCAUGCACUGAGGAACAGAAGGCUGCUGCGCAAGGUGAUCCGAGCUGCGGCCCUGGAGGAGCACAACGCAGCGAUGAAAGAUCAGUUGAAGUUACAAGAGAAGGACAUCCAGAUGUGGAAGGUGAGUCUGCAGAAAGAACAAGCCCGAUACAGUCAGCUUCAGCAACAACGUGACACCAUGGUGACCCAGCUGCAUAGCCAAAUCAGACAGCUGCAGCAUGACCGAGAAGAAUUCUACAACCAGAGUCAGGAGUUACAGACGAAGCUGGAGGACUGCAGAAGCAUGAUCGCGGAGCUUCGAGUGGAGCUGAAGAAGGCCAACAGCAAGGUGUGCCACACCGAGCUGCUGCUCAGCCAGGUCUCUCAGAAGCUCUCCAAUAGUGAGUCAGUGCAGCAGCAGAUGGAGUUCUUGAAUAGGCAGCUUCUGGUGCUCGGGGAGGUCAAUGAGCUGUACCUGGAGCAGCUGCAGAGCAAGCAUCCUGACACCACCAAGGAAGUAGAAAUGAUGAAAACUGCUUAUCGGAAAGAACUAGAGAAAAACAGAAGCCACCUUCUCCAGCAGAACCAGAGGCUGGAUGCCUCACAGAGGCGAGUUUUAGAACUGGAAUCUCUUCUGGCCAAGAAAGACCACCUUCUCCUAGAGCAGAAGAAGUACCUUGAGGAUGUCAAGAGCCAGGCGAGUGGACAGCUGCUGGCUGCAGAGAGCAGGUAUGAGGCUCAGAGAAAGAUCACCCGGGUGUUGGAACUGGAGAUCCUAGACUUGUAUGGUAGAUUGGAGAAAGAUGGCCGCCUACAGAAACUAGAAGAGGACAGAGCAGAGGCAGCAGAGGCAGCUGAAGAGAGGCUUGACUGUUGUACUGAUGGAUGCUCAGAUUCCUUGUUAGGACAUAAUGAAGAGGCUGCUGGUCACAAUGGUGAGACCAGGACCUCCAGACCUGGUGGCACCCGGGCCAGCUGUGGAGGUAGAGUCACUGGAGGCAGCAGCAGCAGCAGCAGUGAGCUUUCCACUCCAGAGAAACCCCCGAACCAGAGGUUCAGCAGCCGGUGGGAGCCCACCAUGGGUGAGCCCUCCAGCAGCAUCCCCACCACUGUUGGCUCACUUCCCAGUUCCAAAAGCUUCUUGGGCAUGAAGACCCGGGAGCUGUUCCGUAAUAAGAGUGAGAGCCAGUGUGAUGAGGAUGGCAUGACCAUGAGUAGCUUUUCUGAGACCCUGAAGACAGAACUGGGCAAAGACUCGGCGGGCAUGGAAAACAAGACUCCCCCAAGUCUAGACGCCCCACACCCAUCUUCCCCAAGCUCAGACAGUAUGGGGCAGCUCCAUAUCAUGGACUACAAUGAGACUCAUCACGAACACAGCUGAAGAGGGUCUGUCAGUGUUAAUUUGCGUCUUUGUCGGCACAGAACAGAAGGUGUGAAUGCACAGUGUAGGCUUCUCUGUUUCCAGGGUCUGAGCAGCUGCUUGUGUGGUGGGAAUGGGACAGAGGUCCUUUUGACAGAGGGUAGAAUGUGGGAUGAUGGUUUUUGGGUCUGGCAUUGAGACGCUUCCCUUCACCUCACCCCAGCCUCUUUCCUCUACCCAGCAGUAUGUACUAAUUGAGGGCCUGUGCUUCAUUUUCUUCCACCAAAUGGUUAUGUCAUUUGAACCUGUGCAAUAUGAGGCCAGAUUUCAUCUUUGGGUCCAACAUACCACUCUGCUCUCCUGAGGUUCAGACAGCUGGGUGGCUCUUGGGUAGACCAGGCAGUUAGUGGCACUGCAGGUAAGUCCAGUUUUGUCCCUGCCGGGGGGACAUAACGUACAAAGUUAUCUUAGCAGGAGCAUUCCCACUGCUUUUUGGUUCUGAAGUUUAGCAUCUAAGCCACAGUUCUAGAGAAAAUGGCUCGCUCACCUCUGCCUUUUCUUGGCAGCUCUGACAUGCUUCCUAGAAGGUUCUGUGAGAAUACCAGCUGCUUUGAUAAUGCAGUUGGCACUGUGGAGGCCGCACUGCCUUACCUCUCUAGAAAGCCCUUACCCCUCUGCCCCACUACCUCUUAUUGAUUUGGUAUUUGCUUGAAUGCUGGCACCGUGCUGCCUGUUGGGUGGGUGUAUAGGUGGUCGACCUGCAGUCUGCAGACAGCGGGGAGUGGUCACUAGGAGGGGCAACUAGGAUUCCCAGGCUCGUGUGCCUCUGGCUGGCCAUGGCUCCACCCUUCAGCCUGUUUGCCUCCCCUCGGGUCCAGCUGCUUUGUGAUUUUGCAGCAGACAGACUGGGAAGAAGUCAGCUCCUUGGGGCUUAUGUGAUGAUGGCUCUCGGGCUGAGGGAUCGCCUCACAGUGCUAGGUUCUCACAGCUUUUACACCAAUUCCAACUCACAGGAAAGACUCUCUGGAGCUUCAUAUCAAACACUUCUGUUAGGAACAGCAGAGCAAUUCAGAGUCUGAUAAAGGCUGGUGGCCUAUAUCACUGCCUGCCCUCAUGCUCAGGAGAGGUGACAUCGGUCACAGUCAGAGCACAAUGGUGGCAGAGCCCAAACUCAACCAGUGCUCCUGAAAUAAAUGCUGGAAGUGUAAGAGUUGUUGCCUGAUAUUCUGGCCCAGUCAAGGAGGGACUUGGGAAGGAGCCAUGAGCUUGGAUUUCUUGUUUCUAUUCUGUCUGAUGUACAAAGAAAAGGGUUUAGUUACGACAAAGCUAAAACAAAACUAAACUAAUGGUACGACUCUUACUGCAUGUGAAAGUUUCCGGCCUGAGGGUAAAAGCCUUUCUCAAGUGUGGCAGUAAAUGUCCUAGCAUCCCUAAGAGACAAGACUUCAUGUCACCAUGGCAGCGCUUUCUGGAGACCUGUCAGGGCCAUGUCUCUGCCAUAGCUGACACAGCCAGCUCACAGGAAGGAUGCCACUGACCACUCUCAGACCAGCAGAGGGCAGCUAUCGCCUCUGCACACUUGGAGUGUGGGUGUCAGCUGGCGUGCUUCUCAUGUAGCUCUGCCCAAAGCAAAGCUAAAGCCCGAUAUCCUCUCCCCCAGUCCAUUGUAGAAAUGGCAGAUUAACAGAUCUCGCAGGUUAAUGGUAAACAGUUUCCAAGAGUUACCACCUCCACCACCAAGAUCUGCCAGAGAACAAAAUAUUGAGAAAGAAAACAGACUGUACAGGUGAUGGUGUUUAGGGAGAAGAGGCAGCAGCACGGUGAGGUGAGCUAAUGUGUAGGCCGCCAUCUCCAUAGAUUUCACUUGGGCCCUCCGCACUUUCUCCAGCCUGUUCCCACGCCCAGUGGCAGAGCCUGAACAUCCUGUGUGGCUUGAGUUCUAGAAGGCUGUUAAGACUUUUUUCAUCCAAAAGGGUUGGAGGACUGUGACCCAGAGUCAUCUUUAAGGAGCUAAAGAUUGGCUCCUUCAAAGGACUCCAGGAUCAGUGUGUGGUUGGGUGGCUUCCAUUUUAGAGAGCAGUGACAGAUGAUCUGGGAGUCAGUGGGUCACCUGGUAUUCCCAGAGGCAUGAGCAAAGCUUCUGAGAAGCAGCUGAGUUCUGGGCCAAGGCAUUAGAGCAGGAGGUGUCAUGGGCAGCCUUGUGUGUGUGUGUGUGUGUGUGUGUGUGUGUGUGUGUGUGAGUGUGGGGGUCGAAUGGCCUUCAUCCUCUAAUCACUUAGAACAUGUGCUGUGCUUGCUGAUGGGCCCCAGGGAGACUGGAGGCUGUGUCUCAUGUAGUCCAGAAUCUGUUAGAAGCAGCCCUACAGUGCCACGGUAGUGGAAGAGGUCAGUGCCCGGGAGAGGAGCUCUGUACAUAUCUAGAGAACAUCCCUCCCUGAAGCCUAAGCACGGGGUUUGGGAACAAGAGCAGUAUGGCAGUGAGAAUGAGGAGACAGGGGGAAUCUCUGGAGUCACAGCAUAGGUACCAGGGCUGAAUGCUGAGCUCAGUAGCUUUUCUGACCCUUCGGAGAAAAGGCCUGCUCUUCUGGACUAAGUUGCAGAAGGGUCCAGCUGUGAGACAUGGUUAGCAGGGAGUGGCUUCUGAGAAGGCAAACUCAUGACCCAGGAGAAGUCUGGUGACUACUGGUGGUUUAAAAAGCAGACAAAAAUCUCCCCACCCCAUGCUGCUGCAGCUAGGAACCAAGCAUCUCCCAGGACGGUGGUGGCACUAUAGGUGACAAGCUGUAGACUCAGGGCCACUUGCAGAAUCUCUGAGCUCUAGUGCUCAAAGGAGAAUGAGAAUUAGUAGUCAAGGAUAAAUGGACCUGAGACCUGGCCACAGAGCUCAGGCUGGGAGUAAGCUUAGAAAGCAAGGAAGGCGUGACAACCGAAGUGCAGUGUGACCAGCCAGCAGGAAACUACCACCUAAAGAACUACGCCAGAAAGAACUAAGGAGCAAACAGCCAUACCAUAUAGGAAGGUAGGAGCAGUGGGGGUGGGAGACCCUGGACAAGCUGGUAGCCGUGUGGGCAUUGCACAGGCUCAGUUUGGGCUGCAGCAUGUGCAGUCUGCCUCAGCCAGAGGCCAGUGGCCCUGCAGACUGGGACCGAAUCUGCUGCACCUUUGCUCCAGGCCCAUACUGUAAAUCACUGCUGUGUGCACUGGAAAGCAAACCUCAGUGUGAGGUGUCUGUGUCCCUGUGAACAUCCAGAGGUCUGGUUUGUACCUCCGGCCUCCAGUUGGCUGCAGAGUCGCUGAUUGUCUUGGGAUUAGCCUGUGUAGAUGUAGAAAGGGGGCGGAAGACAGGUCCCUGGGUUGCUGCGUCCAGUCUUGUUCUCAUUCAGCUUUCCAGUCUGUGAGUCCCCGGUAUGUUCAGGAGAGCAGCGCGUCCAUCUCUGGUAUCACCCUGAGUUUUAAAUGCUGUAUAGAAAGGCAGCAACAGCUACAACAGAAAUUGCACCCUGACCACUUUUGAUCUUAGAAUGAAAUUAAUUGGGGUCUCAGAAGUGUUCCCCCUUCCCAGGGCUCCCGCAUUAUCCACGUCUGGAUAAGUAGGCAGCCUGAGCCACUGGAGUCCGAGGGCGCUGGGCUGACCCUCUUCCUGCCUCAGCCCACACAGUGUUGAAGGGAGAAGAGGACACGAUGCUGUCUGUCAGCUCCCUGGCACAUCGCAGGCAGGCAGGCAUUUUUUGCACUAGGAAGUUCAGUGUCACCCUUCUUGAGACUGGACCACAAACACAUUAUGGAGGAGCAGGUUUUGCCAAGACAUAACUUAGUUUUAUAAUCAAUCAUGGAUGAACCAUAUAUGGCUAACUUGGAGUUUAAGGGGGGGGGGGUUCCCAUCAGUGAAAACAAAUCAAAAAUUUAAAAAACUUUUUAGUUCAAUGGAAGUCACUUCUCAAAAGGUUUAAACUUUCCCACUGUGAUCUUAAAAGCAUGUCAAACACUCUGAAUCAGAUGCCAUAAGUAUGGGCUGCAGGAGAACAUGGUACAGUCUCAGUGAAUGGAAUCAAAGGUUUGCUGUCCUUAGAAUGUUCGAAAAUGUCAAGGCAGUUGCUUGUGUUUAACUGUGAACAAAUAAAGAUUUAUUGUUUUGCACUC